AUGGUCAUGGCAGCCAUGGCAAUGCAGAAGGAGAGCCCAUCCUUCGAGGAGGCCUUCCGUCGCAUCUUUGCCCUCGCAUGGCCCAGCAUCCUCUCUGAGCUCUCGACACCUUUUCUGGGUCUGGUGGACACCAUGGUUGUCGGCCACUUCAACGAGGCACACGACGUCGCCUCCCUUGCACUUGCACUGGCGGCUUACAAUCCGCUCCUGCUAGUCUUCAACUUCCUUCGCAUGGGCUUCGGCGGUGUCACUGCCCAGGCCUACGGCGCCAAGGACGGCCAGGAGCUCGCGGCCGGCGCUUUGCGGGGCCUUGUGGUGGGCUGUGUCCUCGGAAGCCUGCUCUGCCUCCUCCGCGGGCCGCUGGCGCAGCUGCUGUUCGGCUUCCUGCAUGUGCCCGACGAGGCAACACUCGAUCGCGCCCUGGCCUACUUCCAGACCCGUGUUUUCGGUACGCCGGCAGCUUUGUCCAACUUCGUGGUCCAGGCUUGGCUCAUCAACAUCCAGAGGACAGAUGUAGCUCUGGCUACCAACCUUGUCCUCAACCUCUGCAAUGCCUUCCUCUGCAUACUGCUGGGAUGCCUUCUGGACUAUGGCAUUGAGGGCGUGGCAGCGGCCACUGUGAUCUCCAACUACGUUGCCCUAGCCUUCGGCUGCCACCAAAUCUGGCGGAACCUGAGACGGCUUCCCUGGCUCGCUGAAGGGUCUCGGCACAUUCAGCUCGAUGCCUCUGCUGUAUUUAGCCCACGGAAGUUGGCAAAGCUCGCAACGCUCAACGUCAACAUCCUGGUCCGUUCCGUGUGCAUGAUGGUCAUCGUCACGGACUUUACGUCCCUGAGCGGUAAGCUGGGGAGCGCCGCUUUGGCCGGGAACAACUUGCUGAUGCAGCUGCAGAUGCUGAUCUCCUUUGGGGCCGAUGGCUUUGCUAAUGCCGGUGAAGCGAUGGUUGGUCAGGCCAUAGGACUGGGAGACAGUCACCGGGUGCGCCAGGUCUUUGGGGCACUUAUGUGCUGGGGUUUGCUGCUUGGUCUUGCCUUCACAGCCCUCUACAUCACUUGCGGCCGGCAGAUCCUUCUCACUUUGACCUCUCAUCCGGAGAUCGUUGCCUAUGCAGAGGCCUACCUCCCAUGGCAAUGGUGCGCCCCGCUUCUGUCCUUCACGGCCUAUCUCAUGGACGGCCUCUUCGUCGGAGCGACGCAGCCGAGCAAGAUGCGGGAUGCCACGUUCCUGGCUCUGCUUGUCUUCUGGUUGGUGAGCCACGCAGAGUCGAACCUUUCCAACGAUCUCUUAUGGGGUGCAUUCAUGCUGCAUCUUUUGGUGCGUGCGGCGGUGCUGCUUUACUGGUACAGAGGUAUCGAAGUUGCCGCAGACGAGAGGCACAGCUACUACCAGUCGCUGUUGCCGUCCAGCAGCACCUGA